AUGUCUAAAGUUCAAUUACCAAAUACUAAAUUAUUUAUUAAUAAUGAAUGGGUAGAGUCAGUUUCUGGAAAGAAAUUAAAAACUUUUAAUCCAACAAAUGGAAAAUUAAUUUGUGAAGUUUCAGAAGGUGGUAAAGAAGAUGUUGAUGUUGCAGUUAAAGCAGCAAGAAAUGCAUUAGACAAUGGACCAUGGGGUAAAAUGACAGCAGAAGAUAGAGGUAAAUUAAUAUUGAAAUUGGCAGAUUUAGUUGAUCAACAUAGAGAGCAUUUAUCAGAUUUAGAAACAUUGGAUAAUGGUAAACCAUUGACAGCAUCAAGUGGUUUUGAUAUUACUGAAGCUGCUAGAGCUUUACGUUAUUUCGGUGGCUGGGCUGAUAAAAUUCAAGGUAAAACCAUCCCAAUUAGUAGUGAAUUCACUGCAAUGACCAAACAUGAACCAAUUGGUGUAGUUGGAUUAAUCGUUGCUUGGAAUUUCCCAUUGUUACUAUUGUCUUGGAAAUUGGGACCAUCCUUAGCUGCAGGUUGUACAAUAGUUGCUAAACCAUCUGAGUUCACCCCAUUGACUGCUUUAUACUUUUGUGAAUUGGUUAAGGAGGCUGGUUUCCCACCUGGUGUAAUUAAUAUUGUAAAUGGUGUUGGUGAUGUAGUUGGUGAUGCAUUAUCACAUCAUAUGGAUGUUGACAAGAUUUCAUUCACCGGUUCAACUAGAGUUGGUAGAUUAAUUAUGGAGGCUGCUGCAAAGAGUAAUUUGAAACCGGUGACAUUAGAACUUGGUGGUAAAUCUCCAAAUAUCAUCUUUGGUGACUGCGACAUUGAAUAUGUGGCCAAUGCUGCAAAAAAUUACGUUUUUGCAAAUAGUAUGCAGCUAUGCUGUGCCGCUUCAAGAUUCUUUGUUCAUGAGAGUAUUCUUGAUGCUUUCUUGACAAUAUUCACAGAGAAGAUUAAACAAUUAAAAGUUGGUGAUCCAUAUGAUAGUGAAACUCAUUUAGGUCCAUUGGUUAGUAAACAACAACAUGAUCGUGUUUUAGGUUACAUUCAAAAGGGUAAAGAGGAAGGUGCAACUUGUCAUUUAGGUGGUGAAGUUCAUAAUCAUCAUGCCGAUGGUGCUGGUUAUUUCAUUCAGCCAACUAUUUUCACCAAUGUCACUGAUGAUAUGACAAUUUGUAAAGAAGAAAUCUUUGGUCCUGUUGUUGUAAUUUUACCAUUCAAAACUGUUGAUGAAGUAAUUAAAAGAGCAAAUGACACAACCUAUGGUUUAGCAGCUGGUGUUUGGACUAAAGAUAUUAGUUUAGCAUUAAAUGUUUCAAAUAAAUUAAAGAGUGGUUCAGUUUGGGUAAAUGGUUUCAAUAUCUUAAAAUCUCAAAUUCCAUUUGGUGGUUUCAAACAAUCCGGUUUUGGUCGUGAUUUAUCUGAAUAUGCAAUUCAAGGUUAUUUAUCUGUUAAAGCUGUUACAAUUGCUCAUAAAACUUUACAUGCUCAACAACAAUAA